AUGACACUGCCUCAGACAGAUUUUUACAACGUUGCUUUGGCAUCGAUAAGGCAACCGUCUAGGACAGAGCGAAUACGUACUGAAUCACCCGAGUCAUUCGCCACAAGCCUCCCCAAGAGGAUCUUCGAGUGGCUCUAUUCGUUUUCAUUAAUCAUUUUCAUCAUCUUGACUGCCGGAUUUGUCGUGGUAACUCCUCUAGAUAUUGCAGUGCAGACAUAUGGUGCCCCAUCAACAGGUAUCAAGAUGUUUAUCAUCAUGGCUGCGUGUGCCUUGUUUUUCGUUGGGCUGAUCCUUUUAUACUUUUCAAGGUUGUAUCAUAGCAGGGAUUCCGUGAACCAGAUCCCAUCCAAAUCGGUUUACGUUCCUUUGGAAGAGAAUGACUUGCCUAAUGAUGUACUUAAGUACAUAGACGACCAGUUGAAGAAGUGUUUGGGAGACAUCAAGGUUCGUGCCGGGCCAUUACAUAGCAAAGCUCUGUGUUUCAACUACGCCGGCAUGUCUCCUCCAGAUUAUAUUCAAGAACAUAAUGUUCGCAUGGGCUAUGCUGACCAAGGUACGCUGUUUCCACCAAACUGCUCGUACGAAGAUGUGAUAGAUAGUUUGGCGUUAAGACAGCGGUUUGACGGCGCCCUCUUGACCAAUUACAGCGUGCCUCCCUCAUUCACGUUUCGAGAAUUCAUGAUCUACAUGUAUCAUCGAAUGGGCGAGCUGCUUCAGCAACGACAAGAGAUGGUUUUGGUGGUGCGCAAAACUAUUGAACUCUACGAGAAGUUUAGAUUUGGACCUGACUUGAUUUGCGAACACGACUUAGUUGUGUUUUUGACUUCUUUGGAGAAGUUCCUCUCCAACUUUAUGCUGCAUGAUCAUCUUACAAUUCGCCGAGGUUCAAACCUCGAUAAUGCACUGUUGUACAACUGGCGUGGCCGACAGCACAGUGGGAUUUUUGAUGAAGAUUACAGGGCUGAUAUUGAGAGUCUCAUUGUUCCAUAUACUCCUACGGCAGCCAUGAGCAGGAUCUCAACCAGACAAAGCAUGGCUUCUGUACAAUCAGACACUAGCAUUGGGUCUAGAAUGAAUCCAAUGCACCGGUCUAAUACCAGUGGCUCUGUCAUCAAGAACCGAUUAGAGUAUAGACGACUGAAUCGGUCUUUCCAACAUCUUGGAGACACGAGUGAAGUAUCCCUGAGAGCACCUAGCGGGUAUUUGACCGACUCAGAAGAUGACCAUGACACCAUUGCUACAUAA